GAGCGUAAUUUAUUCCGAUCGGCGCUGUUAUUCGAACCGGAUUAGUUGGUGCUGCCGCUUGUAAUUUUCAAUAUAGUUUUAUUUUUUUGGUUUCUUGUCGUGUAGUUUUUGGCAAUUUUCCGAGACCCUUUUUUCGUUCGUUGUUUUGUGUACUUGAAAUUGAGAAACGAAAAUGAGUGAACCACAAGUGAAAAAGAGCAAAACUGGCUCCGCUCUGGACCAAUUGAAAACGAUGACAACCAUCGUAGCUGAUACCGGCGAUUUUGAGGCUAUGAAAGCGCACAAGCCAACUGAUGCCACAACAAAUCCAUCGUUGAUCCUAUCAGCCGCCCAACAAGAACAAUACCAACAUCUCAUCCAAUGUGCUGUUAAGCAUGGCAACAAAACAGGAACAACUGUUGAUGAGAAAAUCGCCGAAGCUUUUGAUUAUCUAUCGGUGUUGUUUGGUGUGGAAAUCUUGAAAAUUGUACCAGGUCGUGUAUCAACUGAAGUGGAUGCUCGUUUAUCGUUUGAUACGCAAGCCAGCAUUGACAAGGCAUUGAAAUUGAUUGCAUUGUACGAGGAGUUGGGCAUCGAUCGCAGCCGAAUUUUAAUCAAAUUGGCAUCAACGUGGGAAGGUAUCCAAGCAGCUAAGACUUUGGAAAAGGAGCAUAAUGUUCACUGUAAUUUAACUUUGCUGUUUUCAUUUGCACAAGCUGUUGCCUGCGCUGAAGCUGGCGUGACAUUAAUCUCACCAUUUGUUGGUCGUAUUUUGGAUUGGUAUGUCGCCAAUACAGACACCAAACAAUUUGCAGCAAAUGAUGAUCCGGGUGUUGUUUCCGUCACCAAAAUCUACAAUUACUACAAAAAAUUCGAUUACAAAACCGUCGUUAUGGGGGCAUCAUUCCGUAAUACGGGUGAAGUGACCGCAUUGGCUGGAUGUGAUUUGCUUACAAUUAGCCCAAAAUUGUUGGCUGAGUUGGCUAGCACCAAUGCAUCUGUGCCCCAACAAUUGAAUCCAGUUGAAGCGAAAAAAUUAAAACUUGAAAAGCUUCAAUUGACCGAGGCCAAAUUCCGUUGGAUGAUGAACGAAGAUGAAAUGUCCACCGAUAAACUAUCCGACGGUAUUCGUAAAUUCGCUGUUGAUGCACGAAAAUUGGAAAAACUUCUUGCCGGCUACUUCACCGAAUCAAAAUGAACAACUACGGAGUGAAUGGGAAUGAAAUGGAGAAGAAAUGACACACCGCACAAUAGAUUUUUAAGAAAUUUCAUUGAUGUUUCACAAUAAAAUUUUAUGUGACUCAUAUACUCUUUACGAUCAAAGUGCAUGAAUCAUAUUUUCCUUUUCCAAUUUAAAAACUUUCUACGAUUUUACAUUCCUAUUAAAUAAAAUGAACGCUAUUUUUUUUACUACAAAAAUAAAACCAA